AUGUCAGAAGAUAGUGAUUAUGGAGUCGAUAACAUUCCAUCGACGGGCAAAAAAAGUAAAGUACCUGCUGUGUUAAAUCAAAGGUGUAUAACAGUUUCGGGUCGAAAAUGCCUAUUGUUUUCCACAGUAAUGAACAGAGUAGAUUUCAUUUCAGUGAUGCAAAAUGCUGAACAUUAUCCAGAACUUAUCAACGAUGCACCACCAACUACUCCCGGUUUCAAUGGAUGUGAAGUUUUCAUUACCGACAAACGAAUUCAAAAAUCUGAUUUGUGUACUGACGAUUUUACGCCUUGGUACAGAGGAGGAAUCAAGAAAUCUCUAGAACGGCAACACUCUUACUUCUAUACCUUAAACGCCCAUGGACAUUUUGACCCAAGUCCCAAAAUAUUUGCUACUCAUGUUUUGAGAAUCACCGUUUAUGUCUUAGCUUCCUGUCACGGUUUAAACAAAAAGGUCGUAAGAAUGGUUCGCAUAGACGGGGCUUUGCAAGAAAACUGUCUUCCAUCACUGAUCGUCUACACUUUCCAAUCAGGGUUCGAACGACCUGUUCCAAAUUCUCCUGCGAUUUUGAAUCGAGAAGAAUUGGAUGAUAUUCAACGAAGUGCGAAUCUUCAAAGUGGUCCAUCAGCAUCUGCAGUUAAAAGUGAUAGAGAUGAUUCAUGUGAACCUAAGUCUAAAACUAGGAGAAUGUCUUAUGGUUCAUCGGAAGUUUCACGAAACCUGACGAAAAAUCCAAAAGAAGAACCCCUAGAAGAACAAUCACUAGCGAGGCAACCUCUGGAACAAAACCUGAAAACCCCAAAAGGAGAACCUGUAGAAGAAGAAGAAGAAGAAUCUCGAGAAAAAGAAGAACAUGGAGGCCAAUCUGAAAAUACUGCAAACCACGACAUAUCGGAUAAUUCUUCGAUCAAUAAGCGUCUAUCACUGUUCAGUGUACAGCAGACACAAGUCAAUUCUCUCAGUGAUCAAAAUCGAAAAUUUCAAAACUACGAAAUGUUUUCUGCUGGUGUCCUCUCAAAUGCAACAGUCCCUGCCCCAAUGUUUCAUCCUCAUAUCACUCCGAUCGCUGAUUUAGACAAAGAUACAAGUAUUGAUCCAGAUGAGGUUGUGCAGAGAAACAAGCUAGCCGCUCUCUACAGAUUGGUGGAUCUUUUCCGGUGGAGUCAAGGAAUCUAUAAUCAUAUUACUGUUCGAGUUUCCAACGAUCCCGACGAGAUUCUUAUCAAUGCAUUUGGCCAGCUCUACAACGAAGUCAGCGCUUCUUCAUUGAUAAAAGUUGACAUGGAUGGAACUGUUAUCAACGGAGGAUCCACGGGUUUCGGAGUCAAUCAAGCUGGAUAUGUGCUCCAUUCCGCUGUCCAUAGAGCCCGCCCUGAAAUCAAAUGUGUUGUCCAUCUUCACCAUCCAUCAGUCGUCGCCGUUUCUGCACAAAAGUGUGGAUUACUACCAAUUAGCCAAGAAGCUAUGAUUGUUGGAGAAGUUGGUUAUCAUGAGUACAGGGGCAUCCUAAUCGACGAAGCGGAACGUGCACUGCUCGUCCGUGACUUGGGAGACCGACAUGUUAUGAUUCUAAGGAAUCAUGGAUUUGUGGUGUGUGGAGAGUCAGUUGAACAUGCUCUCAGUGUAACCUAUCAUCUGAUCAUUGCAUGCGAAACACAAGUGAAAACGGUUCCCGGUGGGAACACGGACAACGUGCAUUUUCCUGCCCAUUCGGCCAUCAAACAGGUUUACCAAGUUGCCAGCAAUGGAGGCGGUGGUGUGAACCGACAAAACGGACAUGUCAACUCGACACAAUGGAGGAAAGGGGAACUAGAAUGGCAAGCAUACAUGAGACAGUUGGAUGCACAAGGAUAUGUUACAGGACAUGAUUAUAAUUGCAAGCCAUGUAAUUGA